AGGCCAGGAGUGUGGGGGGGAAAAGAACGAGAGAAAGAGACCCCUUAGCAGAAUCUAGACACGUACAGACCUAUCAAGACCUUAGGACAGUUUAAUGGCUAUCCGCCCCGGGCUCUGAGUCGAGCGGCGUCCAACUCUCCGGCCCCGCAUUUGCCCGCGUCGUUGGUCGUUCGGAGUCUAAGCCGUGUUCAGGUGCCAUUGAUGCGGUUGGUUGGUUUGCCCUUAGAUGUCCCAGAGCGGCACCUCGAAGCAAGCCCUGGCCGUUGCUGAUCCUUCUUGUUCCGCUGCCAACUCGCCGCCCAACUCGCCACCGGCUCUCAAGCGACGAAAAAUCCAAGAGGACAACAACAGUCCGCCCGUCGACGGAGGAGGACCAGCAGGACCAGGAGCAGGACCAGGCCAGACCGACCCACACCAGAACGGGGCCAGUAGUAACGGCUUCAACACCAUGACGGGCUCAGCCGCUUCCCCCACCGCCAGUAGCCCGGCCAAGAACGGCAAUGCCGCCAACGGCCACGCCAAGAACGGCAAUGGCGGUGGAGCGGCUCGGUCCGAGGAGGCCAUCGACGAGAGUCUCUACUCGCGCCAAUUGUACGUCCUGGGCCACGAGGCCAUGAAGAAGAUGGCCCAGUCCAACGUGCUGGUGUCCGGCAUGAAGGGACUGGGCGUGGAGGUGGCCAAGAACGUGAUCCUGGGCGGCGUCAAGUCCGUGACCCUCCACGACACGGAGAACUGCCAACUCCCGGACCUGUCCUCGCAGUUCUAUCUGACCGAGGCCGAUGUGGGCCAGAACCGGGCCACGGUCACCCUGCCCAAGUUGGCCGAGUUGAACAACUACGUGGCCACGUCGGCCUCCAGCCUGCCGCUGACCGCGGCCUUCAUCCAGCAAUUCAGUGUGGUGGUCCUGACCCAGAGUUCGUUGAAGGAGCAACUGGCCAUCAGUGAGAUCACGCGGCCCGCGGGUAUCGCCCUCAUCAUCGCCGAUACCCGCGGGUUGUACGCCCAAGUCUUCAACGACUUUGGCCCCAACUUCACCGUGAUCGACACCACGGGCGAGCCGCCCAUCACGGCCAUGAUCUCGGCCAUCAGCGACCAGGGCAUCGUGGCCUGUCAAGAUGAAACCCGCCACGGUUUGGAGGACGGCGAUCACGUCACCUUUGCCGAGGUCGAGGGCAUGACGGAACUCAACGGGGGCCCACCCCGACCCAUCAAGGUCCUGGGCCCGUACACGUUCAGCAUCGGCGACGUGUCCCAGUUCUCGCCCUACGUCAAGGGCGGGAUAGCCACUCAAGUCAAGAUGCCCACCCAAGUGGCGUUCAAGCCCCUGUCCGAGGCCCUCACCGACGAGAGUCUGUUCCUGAUCACGGACUUUGGCAAAUUUGACCGACCCGCGCUCAUGCACUUGGCCUUUAUCACGCUCCACGAGUUCCGCCAGGCUCAGCAACGCCUGCCCCAGCCGUGGAGUCAGAGCGACGCCCAAGCCUUUGUGGACCUGGCCAAGUCGCUCAACCCGCAGUACAUGAACCUCCCGGUCGAUGAGGCCUUCGAGCAGUUCCAGGCCCAGUUCGCCAAAUUGGCGGCCGGGGAUCUGAGUCCCAUGGCGGCGGCCAUGGGCGGUUUCGUGGCGCAAGAGGUGAUGAAGGCGUGCUCGGGCAAGUUCAUGCCUGUCAAGCAAUGGAUGUACUUCGACGCUCUCGAAUGCUUGCCCGCCGACCUGUCCGGUCUGACCGAGGCCGAGUGUGCGCCGCAGAAUUCUCGGUACGACGGUCAAAUCGCCGUGUUUGGCCGGAGUUUCCAGGCUAAAUUGGGCGAUCAGAAGUAUUUCGUGGUGGGUGCGGGUGCCAUCGGCUGCGAGCUCUUGAAGAACUUUGCCAUGGUGGGCCUGGGGGCCGGGGCUGGCCGGAUCAUUGUCACGGACAUGGACUGCAUCGAGAAGUCCAACCUGAACCGGCAAUUCCUGUUCCGACCCUGGGACGUGCAGAAGGCCAAGUCCUCGACGGCAGCGGCCGCCAUCAAGGCCAUGAACCCGAACAUGAACGUGGAAUCCCAAGAGAACCGAGUCGGGCCCGAAACCGAGGACACCUAUCACGACGGCUUCUUUGAGGAGCUGGAUGGCGUGGCCAACGCCCUGGACAACAUUGAGGCCCGCACCUACAUGGACCGUCGUUGUGUGUACUACGGUCUGCCCCUGCUGGAGUCGGGCACGCUCGGCACGAAGGGCAACACGCAAGUGGUCAUCCCUCACGUGACCGAGUCCUACAGCUCGUCUCAGGAUCCGCCCGAGAAGAGCAUCCCUAUCUGCACUCUGAAGAACUUUCCCAACCAAAUCGAGCACACGCUCCAGUGGGCCCGCGAUCUCUUUGAAGGGGCCUUCUCGCAGGCCCCGCUCAACGCCCAACAGUACCUCGAGGACCCCGAGUUCGUCGACAAGACCAUGCGACUCCAGGGUGCUCAGCCCAUCGAGACCAUCGAAUUGGUCAAGAAGAUGCUGGUGGACGAGAAGCCGUCGGACUUUGCGGAUUGCGUCGCCUGGGCCCGACUCUACUUCCAGGAGUUGUAUCACAACCAAAUCCGACAGUUGCUCCACAACUUCCCCGCCGACCAAAAGACCUCGAGUGGACAGAUGUUCUGGUCGGGCCCCAAGCGAUGUCCCAAGGCCCUGGAGUUCGAUCCCAAUUGUCAGGUGCACAUGGACUUUGUCACGUCCGGAGCCAAUCUCAUGGCCGAGGUGUACGGGAUCAAGGGCUCCCGCGACGAGUCGGACAUCGCCACCAUUCUGAAACGCGUCAACGUCACCCCUUUCAAGCCCCGCGACGGGGUCAAGAUCGCGGCCAAUGACGCGGAAGCUCAGGCCCAAGCCCAACAAGAGACCUCGGACCAAGAGACCCUGACCAAGAUGGCCCAAGACCUGCCGCCCCGUGACUCGUUCAAGGGCCUCAAGAUCAGUUGUCUCGAGUUCGAGAAGGACGAUGACACCAACUUCCACAUGGACUUCAUCGUGGCGGCCUCGAACCUGCGGGCCGAGAACUACGGCAUCGCCCCGGCGGACCGUCACAAAUCCAAACUGAUUGCUGGCCGCAUCAUCCCAGCCAUUGCCACCACCACCUCCCUGGUGGCCGGGCUCGUGGCUCUGGAGCUCUACAAGUUGGUCCAGGGACACAAGAGUGUGGAGGUGUUCAAGAAUGGGUUUGCCAACCUGGCCCUGCCCUUCAUCACCUUCUCCGACCCGAUCAAGGCCCCUGUGGGCAAAUACUACGACAAAGAAUGGACCCUGUGGGAUCGAUUCCUACUCGAGAACGACGGCGACAAGGAGAUGACAUUGGCCGACUUCUUGAAUCAUUUCAAGGAGAAGGAGCAGCUAGAGAUCACCAUGCUUUCCCAAGGAGUCAGUAUGCUCUACUCCUUCUUCAUGGCACCAAAAAAGCGAGAGGAACGUCUGAAGAUGCCCAUGUCGAAAGUGGUGGAGUCCGUGUCGAAGAAAUCCAUCCCCCCGUACGUGAAGGCGUUGGUGUUUGAACUUUGCUGCAACGACAAAGACGGAGAGGACGUUGAUGUGCCUUACGUUCAAUACAAGCUUCCCAAGAAGAACUAAAGCCGAGCCUUCCUCCCUCCUUCGAUGUGCUGAGGAAUAUGAUGUUCAUUGGAGACCGAUCAGUUUCUACACUUCACCACCUCCCGAGAUCCAGCUACAUACUUCUGAAUAGCUCGUUCUCGGAAUUUAUUGUAAUUGACACACGUAUAAUAUAAGAAAAAAUCUAGCGUCGCUCA